AUGAAGAUAUAUUGCAGUCAUGAAACUGCUUAUUUUAUUGGUUUAAUCGUCGAAUAUGCACAAGCAGUGACAGACCCAGAAAUCCCAAUAUACGAAUAUGAGACACAACUGGCCAACAAACUUGUCCAUGAUGGUAAAAGAUACAGUCCUUUAUCGCGGCCAGUGGUUCGAUUUUCUGACGCUGUUGUGGUUAAGUUUGGUUUGGGGCUUGUGCAAAUCGUGGAACUGUCGGAGAAAAGUGAAGUACUUGUAACACGCUUGUGGUUAAAGAUGGAAUGGAAGGACCAUGAUAUAAUAUGGAAACCACAAGAAUACGGUGGCCUCGACAAUUUCCGACUUCGCACUGACUUGAUUUGGACUCCGGAUAUUGCUCUUUAUAAUAAGUAAGUAAAGACGUGUAGUUUAAUUGGAGGUAAAACGGGACAUUUUUCUAUCGUAGAAUGGGGUAAGACGGGCCACUUUUUUCUUCCAUUGUUUAAAACUCGA